GGGGCCGCGAGCGAGUGCGCCGUGCGCCUGCGCGGAGGGCUGCGUGGCGCGGUGGCGGGGAAGGGCGGUGUGAAGUGAGUGGCGCUGCGGGAGGGGCCGUCGGCGGCGCUGGUGAGGGAACGCCGAGCGGUCGCCGCAGCGUCCGCCGUCGAGAAGCCCUUGUUCCCGCUGCUGGGAAGGAGCGUCUGGUGCCGACAAGAUGGCGGACGGGGAGCUGAACGUGGAUAGUCUCAUCACCCGACUGCUGGAGGUACGAGGAUGUCGUCCAGGAAAGAUUGUGCAGAUGACUGAAGCAGAAGUUCGGGGCUUAUGUAUCAAGUCUCGGGAGAUCUUUCUCAGCCAGCCUAUUCUUUUGGAAUUGGAAGCGCCACUGAAAAUUUGUGGAGAUAUUCAUGGACAGUAUACAGAUUUACUGCGAUUAUUUGAAUAUGGAGGUUUCCCCCCAGAAGCCAACUAUCUUUUCUUAGGAGAUUAUGUGGACAGAGGAAAGCAGUCUUUGGAAACCAUUUGUUUGCUGUUGGCCUAUAAAAUCAAAUAUCCCGAGAACUUCUUUCUCUUAAGAGGAAACCAUGAGUGUGCUAGCAUCAAUCGCAUUUAUGGAUUCUAUGAUGAAUGCAAACGAAGGUUUAAUAUUAAAUUGUGGAAGACCUUCACUGAUUGUUUCAACUGUCUGCCUAUAGCUGCCAUUGUGGAUGAGAAGAUCUUCUGUUGUCAUGGAGGACUGUCACCAGACUUGCAAUCCAUGGAGCAGAUUCGGAGAAUUAUGAGACCCACUGAUGUCCCUGAUACAGGGUUGCUCUGUGAUUUGCUGUGGUCUGACCCAGAUAAGGAUGUGCAAGGUUGGGGAGAAAAUGAUCGUGGUGUUUCCUUCACUUUUGGAGCUGAUGUAGUCAGUAAAUUUCUGAAUCGUCAUGAUUUAGACUUGAUUUGUCGAGCUCAUCAGGUGGUGGAAGAUGGAUAUGAAUUCUUUGCUAAGCGACAAUUGGUAACCCUAUUUUCAGCCCCAAAUUACUGUGGCGAGUUUGAUAAUGCUGGUGGAAUGAUGAGUGUGGAUGAAACUUUGAUGUGUUCAUUUCAGAUAUUGAAACCAUCUGAAAAGAAAGCUAAGUACCAAUAUGGUGGACUGAAUUCAGGACGUCCCGUCACUCCACCUCGAACAGCUAAUCCACCGAAGAAAAGGUGAAGAAAGGAACUCUGUAAAGAAACCAUCAGAUUUGUUAAGGACAUACUUCAUAAUAUAUAAGUGUGCACUGUAAAACCAUCCAGCCAUUUGACACCCUUUAUGAUGUCACACCUUUAACUUAAGGAGACGGGUAAAGGAUCUUAAAUUUUUUUCUAAUAGAAAGAUGUGCUACACUGUAUUGUAAUAAGUAUACUCUGUUAUAAUAUUCAACAAAGUUAAAUCCAAAUUCAGAAUUGCCCAUUAAAUUUACAUCUUCACGUAUCACAGUUUUUAAAGUUGAAAAGCAUCCCAGUUAAACUAGAUGUGAUAGUUAAACCAGAUGAAAGCAUGAUGAUCCAUCUGUGUAAUGUGGUUUUAGUGUUGCUUGGUUGUUUAAUUAUUUGGGGCUUGUUUUUGUUUUGUUUUGUUUGUUUUUGCUAAAAUAAUGUAAAUUCUUUAAAUUUUUUCCCAGACAUUUUAAAAAGUGAAAUGUGGGAAGAGCUUUAAAGACAUUCAUCGACCUUAAUUUUCCAUUGCUUAUUUACUUAUGUACCUGUUUGAUCUUACUAAGAAAACUUAUGCCUCAUUACAGUAAAAAGGAAUUUUAGAGAUAUUUUUUAAAAAUACGCAAACUGUCCAAUCGAGUGAUUUAAUCAGUUUGGGCAAACAUUACAGCUGAUAGUGAAUAUUUUGCUUUAUACAGAAAUUGCCACUGAUUUGGAUUUGUGCACUCUAAUUUUAACUUAUUGAUGCUCUAUUGUGCAGUAGCAUUUUCAUUUAACUUUAAGAUAAGGCUCAUUUAGUAUACCCAACUAGUUGGUAAUGUGAUUAUGUGGUACCUUGGCUUUAGGUUUUAAUUCGCACGAAACACCUUUUUGGCAUGCUUAACUUUCUGGUAACACCCUCACCUGCAUUGGUUUUGUUUUUUGGUUUUUGUUGUUGUUGUUGUUGUUUGUUUUUAGAUCCACAGAACAUGAGAAUCCUUUUUUGACAAGCCUUGGAAAGCUGACAUUAUCUCUUUUUUCCUCCCUCUGUACGAAGGAUGUAUUUAAAUGAAUGCUGGCCAGUGGGACAUUUGUCAACUAUGGGUAUUGGGUGCUUGACUGUCUAAUAUUGCCAUGUGAAUGUUGUAUACGAUUGUAGGGCUUAUGUCACUAAAGAUUUUUAUUCUGAUUUUUCAUGAUCAAAGUUCAUAUGAUAUUGUAUAGACAUGCUUUGUAGUGAACUAUAGUAGCAAUAAUUUCUGUACAUGAUCAAGGGUUUAUUGCAGCAUUUCUUUUCCUGUUCUCUUUUUUUUUUUAAGGGUAGUAUUAACAAAUGACAGGAAUAGAAAAGUCAACAUAAAGAUUUUAGAAGGAGAACUUACAGGACACAGAUUUGUGAUGCUUUGGAUGCAACACUUUUGGAUGUGAUUCUCAAAGCUUUUAUUGAGCGUUGUCAAAUUUGUAAGCUUCAUAGGGAUGGACAUCAUAUUUAUAAAUGCCCUUCUAUAAGUGCUACCAUAGAUGUGAAAUUCUUGACCUUAAUAUCGUCUUUGAAAUUGUUAAAUUGAGAAUUCUGUUAACUUACGUUUUAAGAAUUGGCGUAUUGUAUUACUGCAAGAGAUUUGAUUUUCAGCACAGUGCAACGUUCUUUCAAAUGCAUAUGUCUUUUUUUUCUAAUUCCAUUUUGUUUUAAAGCACAUUUUAAAUGUAGUUUUCUCAUUUAGUAAAAGUUGUCUAAUUGAUAUGAAGCCUGACUGGUUAUUUUAUUCCUUUUUUAUUUUUCCUUUACAAUGAGACAUUUAAACACAUUUUAUUCAAAUAGAUUUUAAUGUUUUUAACGCAUACUGAAUUGGUUCUUUUUUAAAAUUGUCCAUGUACUGCAUAUGAUGUAUUAGGUUAGGUCACACAGGCUUUUUAUCUAAUGUGAUUUAAAUAUCUUCCUAGCUGAAGAGUAAGUUGAGCAAUUUUUAAUAGAAUUUUAGAUGUAUUCUUAUCAGCGUAGUGUGAAGGGGGUCUAGAAAAUAAACCUUUGGCAGGAGACAGGGCAGUCUUUUAUUAAUCUUAGUAAUAGUCAAAACACAUUAAUUUGGAUCCUACAUACUGGGUUUUUGUAGUAAUUUAGCCAGGUCAGUACUGAAUAUGAAAAAAAUAGUCACUAAGCAAAUUAAUAUUGGUCGCUGAAUUUGAAGAAUAGAAAUUUAUCAUGUUUUAAAAUUAUUCAAGCAGUCUUAAAAUACUUUUAACAGCUUCUAUUCCUAUAAUGUGUUCAUUACAAAUAUUAUUUGCUUGGUAACUCUGCUACUUGAAAUAAAUAAAACUUUCUUAGCAGAAAAAUAUCCUAUAA